AUGUUCUUUUCAAAAUUAGUUUUGGUUGCGCUGGCCGUGGUUGUGUGCGCUGCAGGGAAUGAUGGCCUUGAAGAAGAUGAGAAUGAAUAUGAAAAGCUCAGUGAGUAUGAUCAAGCUGUGGAAAUAAUAAUCGAGGAAUACCAACAGUGCAUUGAGGAAUGUCCUCCGAAAAAGGAGGACAAGGACAGCUACGUCAAAUGUGCGAUCAGCUGCUCUAACUCUACUCAAGCAAAGAUCACCAAGGUUGUGAAUAGUGAAAACAGCUACAUAGAGCAGCCAGAGGGACCAAAGGCGACAAAGUGUGGAGAUGAAUACCAGUCCAUCCAAGCGAAUGACACCUUUGUUGUAUGCUAUCCUUCAAAAGAGAUGGCUCUAUCGCCUAAACUAGUUCAAGGCUGA